CAACAUUUAAGAUUUUGUCAUAUUAACUUAAAAACAUCUCAAAAUCAAAUAUCAUGUCCAAAUUUCCAAUUUUCUUCUUGUUUUUAUCCAUCUUCUCCAUCCUAAACCUUCCUAACUUGCCGGGGGUCGGUGCAAUUAAACCAGUCGGGAAUUUGACCCUGCUCGCGCCCGGAUUUAUCCUGAGUGAACGUAAAAAACCCGCCACCGCCGUGGCCACCCCGGUUUGUCCGGCCCCGUCCAUCUGUCACAGUAGGAACUGUUGCACCUACAUCUGCGUCACGGGGGACGAUUGCGUUAUGAUCACGGGAAAGCCGUUUUGCCUCACACCUGUACCCGCCGCUCCGCCUAUCCCGGCGAAUGCCGCCGUCUGCGUGGAAGACAGGUGCUCCGGCUGCCCCGUUAACUCGAUCCAUUGCAAUGUUCCCUGCGGUACGGCGGCACCGGCGGGUAGGAUUUUCUGUGACUUUAGCAAUAUUCGAGGCCCUUUACCUGCAAUCGGGUAGAUUUGUUGGGGUAUUCUAAAUAGAUUCAAGUGAAGAAAGAAUCCUACAUAAUUUGCAAAUUCGUUUCUAAAUAAGUAUUUUUUAAUUAUUUAAUAAGUUUAUCUAGCCUGGUAGUUACAUAAUAUGAUUCGUAAAUUAUUCAUAAUUGUUAUAAAUAAUUGAUUUUUUUGGAGGAUUAAAUGAUAAGAAGGAUUAAAUGAUAAGAAGGAUUAAAUGAUAAGAAAUAUUUAUAUACCGUGCCGAGAUUCUCUCGUACAUACACUCUAAAUAAUUUGGAGACAAAUCGUCACCCCGUGGAACUACUAUGGUGCUCUACUUCUGGGUAAUGAUUUGCGAGAUGAUUUGUCACUAUUGGGAAAUAUGUAACAGUCGGGGUUUUGGUGGCAAACUUUAAUAAUGGUCUCACAAAAUAUGCUCACAGAUUUGCACCAAGCUGGUGUCAAUCGAUUAUAAAUUGCAUUUGUAUGAAAUUUGCAAAUGGUAAUGCUCAGAUUUGAUAGAGAUAUAAAUUUGGAGUGACAUAAAUAAAAGCGAAAUUUAUGCCUCAAGAAAUGAAA